AUGAGGUACUUCCUCACCGCGGCGCUUCUCACGCCGUGCGCAAGCGCCAACUUGAUAUCCGAAGGUUUUCGAUCUCGUACUUUGAAUACAACGGCAUUGCAGGAGCUGCCAGCCUGCGCGACCGUCUGUAUCGACAAUGUACUUCUUCCGGCAAGCUGUCAAGUGGACUCCUCUUGCUUUUGCGAGAGCAGCAGCAUCACGACAGGUUUUGCUUCGUGUAUCGAAGAUGGUUGYAGACCCGAAGACUGGCUAGUUGCUACCAGGUUUCAAGCAGAGACCUGCGGAUUGCCAAUCCGGAGCAGAGCAAACAUCUCCCGCGGCGUCAAUUGGGCUUUCCUCGCAAUAGGUACUAUCUUUGUUGGACUACGAGUGGUAUCACGGACCCGACUGCUGAAUGGUAGUGGCUUCCGCUCGGACGACUUCGUAGUGGCCUUAUCCUUCGCUGUUACGAUUGCUCUGCACGUCGGUCUGGAAUUCGCGACCAAGAAUGGUCUGGGGCAAGACACUUAUCUACUUACCACCAGCCGUAUAUCUGAGGUCUUGAAGUGGUCCUACAUCGGUGGUAUACUAUUCCAGUCAGUCGUCAUACUCUCCAAGAUUGCAGUCGUCCUGCUGUACCUGCGGAUAUGGACGAUAGAUUCGAUGAAGAAAGCGCUGCGCAUCCAAUGCUGGAUAGUGGUCGCCUUUUUGGCAGCAACCGUACUUGCUUUCGACCUCGCGUUGAUUUUUCAAUGCUGGCCAAUAGCCUCCGUGUGGAAUAUCUUCACCGGCGGACCAUCUUCUUGCGUUGAGCUCCAACCGCUACUGUACACAUUUGCCGGCCUCAACAUCUUUUUCAACUUUGUGGUCUUCUUCUUGCCAAUUCACAGCCUUCGCAAACUCGAUAUUCCUUGGCAGAAAAAGGCGGGCGUGUGGUCAGUGUUCGUCAUGGGUGUCGUGGUCACUGUCACUUCUGUAGUGCGCUUGCAGUACCUCGUCCGGCUCAAAGAUGGUAACGUGACAUGGGACUUUCAAAAUGUCUACAUGUGGAGUGUCAUUGAGGCCAGCACUUCUCUUAUUUGUGCCUGCAUGCCAUCCGUGACUGGCAUCGUGCAGCGAUGUGCAGGCGCUGAUUCCAACGGUUCCUCGGACGACUUAAUAGCGAACAGCGGUUCAACCACACAGAAAAGACUUUUACGGAGAGGCAACAACUUCUACACCGUCGACCGCGCCUCCGCAGACGGCGCUGUUGCAGAAAUAUCCGAUGAGAUCUUCGAUCUCGAGAAAUCACAUACCAUCGACCACUUCCAGGGCAUGGAUGUUGUGCCCACUGGGAACCAAUCUCGAUUCAUGGAAAACCUCCUCGGCAACGAUGACCAUGGUGAUCCACGACUUGAUGAAGCAGGGAUUGAUGAGACGAGGAUCGACGACGACAUAGCCGGGGAUAAUGCGCCGACGACAAUAGACAUCGGGCGCCCGAGACAUCAUCAGUUGAAAAAUCAGGCGACCGACAUGGCAGCGCUGUUGUACCGAUCGAAAGUAAGCGGGUUUCCAAAGAAAGUUGAAAUAUCUCACGACCCACCCUCUGAGCCUGCGGAGGCGAGAUUGACAUAUCGCGACGAGGACAACAUCCUACACGAAGUCACUGUCACAGAUAUACCCCAACCCCAAACCGGACCUUUUCACAGCGGCCAUGGCGUGAGACCUACUGUCCUUCGGGCGAUCACCGAAGUAGAGUCUCGUACCUCAAAGUACGUUUCGGGAGAGUUUGCCUCUCCCAUCUAUUCUCCAUUGUAUUCGCCGGCUACUCCAGGAUCCAAACUGGAUGAUGAUGCGGUCACAGAGGCCCCUCGUCCCCAAAUGGUGUCCGCCUCUUCGCAGACGGACCUCUUUGAGCCACAUGCUCUGUCUCCGAUACGAUCUGAUGCCAGCUUGUCAUCGGGAGGACGUGAUGGAGGGUCUAUUCGGCCGCCGCCGAGCUCGCGUUCCAUGUCCACGCAGACCGACGAACAGAGUUCCACAUCCCUGGCCUCACGGACUAGUUCCCCGGCAGUGAACGGCUUGUUGACACCACCAGCCGUACUUUCUCGAACCGGGUCCGCGAAUACUCAGGACUCCGAGCCUGUGUCUCCACCGCCUAUGGCGUCGCCAGGAGCAGUCUCCAUGGAGACCCAAGUAGGAAGUCCUGCGCCGCCGCCACGAGACUUCCGUACAGCCACAACGCAGAUUGACGAGGCAGAUGCAUUGCUCUUAACACCGAAGUUGAUACCCGAUCGCUUGCCAUCUGGCAAGAAUGUGGUCAAGUUCCCAUCUCCCCCGAGUUUGUCUCAGCACACUUCGACCCAGACACUUGAUCUGGACUUGCCAUUUGCGUCACCUUUGUCGCUCGCGUCACCGCUGGCAUCUCCCAUUUCUGCUCAAUCCGAGGCUUCCUUCGUUGGGCUAGCAUCUAUGCCUUCGUUGAACCUGACGGCUGGAACGCAGACUGACGAUAAUAAUCUUACACCCGGUUCGCCUCUCAGCUCUCGACGAUCAUCUUCCACCCAGACAAUUGGUUUCCUAGGUCUUGAUUCGAAGCGGCGUCUUGGCAUAUGA